AUGAGCUCUGUCCAGAAGCCAGGUGCUAAUGAAGUGGUGGCCACUCCAUUGUGCUAUGAAGUGAAUAGUUCCUGCUCCAGAACGCUUCACUCCUUUGGCAUCCAGCUGGCCAUCUACAUGUCCUGUGCCAUGGGCAUGCUGCUCACCGUACUGGGGAACCUGAUGGUGGUGAUUGCAGUCUCCCACUUCAAUACCCUACAUACCCCCACCAACUUCUUACUACUCUCCCUGGCCCUUGCAGAUCUCCUCCUGGGGAUAAUGGUGCUGCCCUUCAGCACCAUCCGAUCUGUGGAGAGCUGCUGGUAUUUUGGAGAUGACUUUUGUAGGCUGCAUACCUUUCUGGACACUGUCUUUUGUUUGACCUCUAUAUUUCAUCUGUGUUUUAUUUCCAUUGAUCGUCACUAUGCUAUCUGUGAUCCUUUGCUCUACCCCACUAAGUUUACCAUAAGAAUGGCAUGCGUAUAUAUAGUGAUAGGAUGGGGGGUCCCCAUGAUUUAUACUUUUGUCUUGCUCUAUACCAAUGCAAUUGAAGAAGGAUUGGGCCAUUUCUUACAAGACAUGCCCUGUGUUGGUAGAUGUCAGCUGCUGUUCAACAAGCUCUGGGGCUGGUUGAACUUCCCUGUCUUCUUCUUCCCCUGCCUCAUAAUGAUAACAUUGUAUGUGAAAAUAUUUAUUGUGGCAAACAGGCAAGCUAGACAGAUAAGCAACAUGAACAAGAGUGCUGGAUGUGGGCUACACUUAGGAGCAUCAAAGAGGGAAAGAAAGGCAGCUAAAACUCUUGGUACAGAUAUAGGAAUCUAUCCUUGCUGGCUGCCCUUUACUAUAGACACCAUGGUAGAUUGUCUUCUAAAUUUCAUUACCCCACCAGUUCUCUUUGAUGUCUUUAUCUGGUUUGCUUACUUUAAUUCAGCCUGCAAUCCCUUGAUUUAUGUGUUUUCCUACCGUUGGUUCAGGAAGGCAGUGAAACUAAUUUUAACUCGCAGCAUCUUUGAUUCUGGGACAUCUACUGUAGACUUGUACCAGGAAUGA